AGUUAUACAUUUUCAUGUGUGAACUACGUCUCGAAUAUUGGAUACCAUACUCACAAGAUACUGUCAACAUUCAUUGUCUUCGUCAGUACCACACAACGUACUUCCAACAAAGCGAAACCAAUCCGUGCAAAGUUCGUAUAGGCUGAUAGACAGAGAGAAUUUUAUCAACUACAGCAACAAAGGAAUCUUGGGCCCAAGACGAAAACCAGUAUGCGAUGUUGAGGACUGAGAGUUUCACACACAACUAAUCAGGUAAUGGAACAUGUUGCAAAAUGAGCUCACCCUCUCCAAGACUCUGAUGGUGCCGACAGCGAUGACACAGGGGAGGUUACACCAGGCCUAUAUUACUCGAUGAGCGAUUCAGGAAGUGAUGUUGCCGAGGAGGAGAAGGAAGGGGAGGACAAGGAAGAGAAGGAGGAGACGCUUCGUAUCAGCAAUGAUUUUGAUCCUGCCUUUGGAGGCUAUAUAUCACAGAAACAGCCACCACAAAACGGAAACACGUAAGGACACAGAUGUUAUUCAUCAAAACGACGAUGGACGAACGAAUAUGUCUCCAUCGCCUCUGCAGGGAGCUGUGUCACUGACACAAGGUGAAACGCAAGACUUGUCGCUUGCUAUAGCAGAAACAGUCAGCAACGCCAUGUCAUCAGUGAAUACCAAACAGCAAGUAACACAUAUACAUAUCAACAACCCACAGCUCAACUUGACAAAGACGACUGAGGUGGCCAAUCUUACCGCACACAAUGUAUCCAUGGGUGGUCAACAGGUGAUCCAGCCAUCAACAUCCAGUGACGGUGCUGAAAGCCAGCAGAAGACAAAGAACAGACCAACAGAUAUCCCACAAGACCUCGAAAUACAGAGGAUAAAAGAUGUGACAGUUUCAGAAAUCUAUACUCGGACAUCUGGUCUAAUAAAAACACAGUUCGUUGAUGACAUCGUGAAGAAGAUUGACGCAGGACAAAACUGGAUCACAGUCACCGGAAACGGUGGUGAUGGGAAGACAACUGUGGCCUACAUGGUGCUUGAGGAGAUGAUGAAGCAAGGAAAAGAAGUGUUUAGAGUGAAGACAGUAGGGGACUAUUAUACCAUCACAAAGAACACCGACCGAUGUGUCAUCAUGAUGAACGAUGUUAUAGGGACCUUUGCUCUUGAUACUUACGCUUUCAGCACAUGGAAACCUGUGUUGCUCGAUGUGAUGGAAAAUAUGUCAACGGCUGAAGAAUCUGGGCAGCCAUGUGGUGUCAUCUGUGUGUUUGUGCAAAGGUCAAAUAUCUUAAAAGAAGCUGAGUGCAGUUUUGAAAAGCAUAAAUCUUCCAUUCUUGGGGAAAAUGCUGUUUCAAAUCUCUCUCGUCUGCCGGAUGGGGAGCAAACUGCAAUACUAAACUAUCAUCUGAAUCAGAAGAAUAUUCAUGGCAUAUCAGAAGAGGAAAAGGAAAAGUUAUUGCGAGAAGCAUACCAUACGGAUUUCCACAUUGUUGCAAACUGUUUGCAGAGAGUUAAAGUCGAAGGAAAACAAGAUGACACAUUGUCCAGUUUUUCUCCUCUCCUCUUGAGAUCUUAG